AUGGGAACCAAACACUCGGCCCACAGGCUUCACAGCCACGGCCACAAGCACUCGUCGACGUCUCGUGCGGAUUCAUCUCACCAGUCUACGGGUGAAUCCUGUGCUUCACCGCGCGAUGAAAAGGUUAGCACCCACGCAUCGUGCGGCCCAACCGAGUCGUCUAUAGAAACAACCAAGGAGCAGCUCCAUCGCCACCCCACGCACACGCACAAGGACAGCCCCCUUGAUCGAAACCCGUUCACUCGCAUCUUGUUGAAGUUCCCGCAGGCUGCGAAAGCCUUCAACGGUGUGCGCUCGACGUUCAAGACAUUCGACAAGGAGGGCCAUGGAUACAUUGUGUCCGACGAUCUCCCGGCCAUCUACAAGGAACUUGGUGUGAGCUUUUCGGAAGACGAGAUCAACCAAGUGUUCGAAGAAUCCGAUAUGAAGGAGAACGGCAAACUCACCUUCAAGGAGCUUCUCGUCUCUCUCGCCAUCGGGUUUUUGCUGCAUCGAAUCCCUUCACUAGAGAAAAACCGACUCAGCGUCUUCUACACGUCUCGAAGUGGCAGCAUCAACGGCAGCAUCAGUGGAAGUGUUGGCAGGAACAACAACAUCGGUGGGAAUAGUGUCGGUGGAUCAAGCACCUCCAGCACUGCCAUGGCGAUGAACGGAGAUGACGUCGAGCUCCGAAGCGCUUACCAACUGGCAAUAGAUGCAUUCCUCUGGUUCGACACUGAAGGUAGCGGAUAUAUCAAUCGCAACGACAUGUCCGUGCAGCUAGAGGCCUCCAUGGCGCGUCAUUCACCGACGAAGAAACUCAAAAGGCGCUCGGGUGGCUACAAGGACUCGGGUGAAGACUCCAAGAACUGGUCGAUCUGGGAGCGUCGCUUUGCUGAGAUGGACUGGAAUCACAACGGCAUGAUCCACUUCAACGAGUUCCUCAUGGCGUUCGAGUCGUGGGUUGGUGUCGACGACGACGAGGACGAAGAGGAUGAAGAGGAAACACGCCACGAGACUGAGAAGGAGACCUCAACUGCCGUCGACUCCUCCGCCCAGUAG